UUAGUGAGACUUGCCUGUCACCUUCCCGGGGGACGUGAGAUUGGAGGGAGGGAGCGAUCUUGAGUGGGGCAACUUUACUUCGAGGGCAAGGGGACGAACGUCUGGGCACCGUAGGCAUAAAGCUGGAAAGCACUACAGAGUUGGAAACCCUGCAACUGAGUAAUCAUCAAAGGAUCUAGCGGUCAUUUUUCCAUUGAGACCCUGAAGAACUCUGGGAUUUGAGAUUGAUAGGUGACAAGCUGAGGCCGAGUCUUCCAGAAGGCUGUAGUGGUAGCUGCUAAUGCAAUAUGAUCCACUUGGACUCGCUCUAAAAAUACCAUCCUGACGGAGUACAUGCGCAGGCCCUAUUCGCCUAAUUGGUGAAAAGAUUAAACUUGUUUUUUAACUCUCUAGAUGGACACCAUCUCAAGGAUGUGAGAAACAUAUUCCAAAACAUUUAUGUUGCGGAAUCCCGGGAGAGUUUUUCGGAUUCAUAUUUCGGAUUCUGUGUGCCUUUUAAUGCAGUCCUAUAGUGUUUGAAGAACUUCUCCACCGCAUCAUGAGGAAGGCUGAGUUCCAAAUGACCCUCAAGAAGGGUGCCGAUGAAGAACCAGGAGGAAUGGCACAUCCAAGUCCCAGGAUACCAUCGAAACGAGCAAAAGUUGGUUCUGAUCAAUUCGUACCAGACCCUUCUGGUUCUGUCUACCCAACCACGACCCCUCCAGUCUUCAUUCGGAAGAUGAGGAACGCCGCUGUAGGCACCGGCUGUGAUAUCCGUCUCAAAGUGGCCAUUGCCGGAGACCCUCAACCUACCCUUUAUUGGUACCAUAACGAUGAUCUGCUCAACAUGGACAACCAGGAAUAUGGAGGUCUGUGGAUCAGGGAUUGCAAGCCCAGUGAUGCUGGUCUGUACACCUGCAUCGCCAUCAACAGUCUCGGAGAGGCCAGGAGCAGCGCAGUCUUGGCUGUUUUGGAUUUGGGUGAAGACUCCGAGACUACAGAAGACGAAGCCGCUGAGCCACAAAUACCCCUGGAAGCUAAAGAAGGAGCCAGAGGUUUUCAAGAUGAUGCCCAACGUGUGCCUGCGGGUCAUCGGAUGAUGGAUGUCGCCCCAGAUGCGAGCGAACGCUGGGCCGUUGGUGAGACCACAGUGUUGGAAAAAGAAGCACCGGCCCUGGGAUCCAGAGCGCCAGGGCAGCAGUCAUCCAGGAGCCCAUAUGAAGAAGUUUUGAGAGAAUCCCCCCCUCAAGUUCUACCACCCCCUUCCCCUAAAAUUGGCCGUUCUACUGCCUCUCCUUUGCCCAGCCGUUCUGGUUCGUCCCCUGCCACUUCCUUAGCCCCACGCAAGAAAGUUAUUGUGCCAACUGAAUAUCAAGACACGGAGUUUGAGGAGAAGAUCAAGCAACCCAAAUCCUCAAGCAUGUCUCAGAGUAGUGCUCAAGACUUCCGAUCCCAGACCCCUGUCAGUGAGUAUUCCCGUAAGGAACCUCGGCCCUCACCAAAGCUGAAAAGAGCUAGGUCAGAGAUGACGUUGAAGUUUGAUGAGCAGAGGAGGAGUAUUGAUAACCCAGAGGAAACUCUAUCGGGACGUUCUUGGGCUGGAUUUAAUAGAGCUUCAUCUGUUGACUCUGAUGAAGAAGAAAGUCGAAUGGGGAUCUCGAGGGAGGGCUCCAAAGGGGACCAUCGUGAGGCUAAAAACGCAGACACAGCUCAGAGAAGGUCCAUGUUUAGGCAGCGGGCUGCUUCCCUGGAGGACAGACCUCACUACUCCCAGAAGGUGCAGGACAUUGAGAACAAGUUCGCAGAGGAGCUCCAGCGCAUCAAAAAGCUUGUGGGAAAAGCACAUAUGAAGAGAUCCUUCUCAACAGAGCAACUCUCCACUUUACACAACAGCAGGCAGCCUGUAAGAAAGUUAGAGCCCCUCCCACCCCAGGUUCUUCAAAAGCUGCAGGAUAGAGAGCGUGCUCAGCUAGAGCGAGAGAAGAGAAAAAGCGAGCAAGCCAAAGAACGAUCGCCACCAAAAUCUCCUUUCCGUAAGCGAAAAGACCAACUGACAGAACAACCAAUGGAAAAAGUUAAAGGUGAAUGGUCUGACCCAGCCACUAAGACAUUUGUUAAUCAACCAUGCCCUCCAGAAGCCAUGUCACCUUCUGAUCUACCUGGGCAAAGGUCUCCAAGAUUUGUGCGUGGCCCAAGCCCAAGCAGGGGGAGUCCUCGAAGGUCUCCAACUGUAGAGAUUACUGCCAUGGCUGAAGACCGCUCUAGAGGAAGAGCCGAAUCUCCAUCCAGAAAUGUCAUAGAGAUGACAUUACGCAAGGGUGAUCCAAGAUCUGCAAGUCCGUUGGUCAAGAGAGUUGUUCGUGUUCAGGAAGUUCCACAAACAGACGAAUCCAGGAAGACACCUGUAGAGGUCACCCUAAGAAAAUUGGAGAGAAGGCCUGAAAGUCCUUUGUUGCAGGGAGAAACUGUAGCUAUUCAAGAACGCCCUUUCCAACCUCCCCCCAAACCUCCAAGAGUGUCUCUGUCUUCCUCCUCUGAGGAGAAGAUGGAGUUGGAUUUGAGUCCUCUACAACCAGCACCUAAGCUAACCAUACCAAAAAUCGUUGUCGAAGAUGAGCCAAUGGAGACAGAAACACCCACAGAAAAGAUUGAAAAGACUGUGAAAAGUGCCACUGGUAAAGUGGUAAAAACCCAAAGAAACAGAGGAAGGGGACGCAGACAAAGACCCAUGUCACCUGAAUUUGAAUCUUCAGACGACUCGUAUGUGUCUGCAGGAGAAGAUCCUCUAGAGGCUCCUGUGUUUGAGUUUCCACUACAGGACACUGUAGCAUCGACUGGAACAGAUGUGCAUUUAAAAUGCAUCAUCAGUGGCACCCCUCUGCCUGAAGUUACGUGGAAGAGAGACAACAUUGAGAUCAAGAACAGCCCAACUCAUGUUGUAAAAGUGGAGGGAGAAAGACACUCUUUGCUCAUUAAAUGGACAAAGCCAAGCGAUGCAGGAACGUACACAGUUACUGCUACAAAUGAAGUGGGCAAAGCUUCCAGUAGUGCCACCCUUUUCAUCAAAUCAGAUCCCAGUCAGGACCAGCGUGGGAACCUUGGUGUGCCCAUGGACAUCAGCAGUCCCAUCACAUCUGAUGAGGAAUACCUUAGUCCUCUGGAGGAGGGGAUGGAUUUUUCAUCCUACAGAGGUCCUGAGCCAAGGAAGAUUGUGGACACUCGAUUUAAAGAGCCUCCAGCCUUUCAGGCUGUUUUUGGAGACCAGACAGUAACAGAGGGUCAGGAAGUGACCAUGUCUGUUCGAGUGGGUGGACAGCCUAAACCCAUACUUUAUUGGCUGCGAGACAGAGUGACGAUAAAAACAGGUCCACGACAUAUUGUUCAUGAGACCGGAGAGGGCAACUUUGAGAUGAUAAUAAAAUCAGCACAGAAGUCGGAUGCUGGCGUUUACACCUGCAAGAUCAUCAACGAGUAUGGAACUAAACAGUGUGAGGGCAAACUGGAGGUUAAAGCUCGUCCAGUAGAACCAGGCCUGGCUAUUAUUCGGCCAGUGAGGGAUGUAAUGGUGGAAGCAGGUGAGACGGCUCUAUUCGAGUGUCAUGUGAUUGGCCCUCAAGACACAGAUGUCGAUUGGCUGUCAGACGGGAAGCUCAUCCAGCCGGCGCUUUUGAAUUGUAAGAUGCACUUCGAUGGGAAAAGGUGCAGACUGCUUCUUAACUCCGUACACGAAGACGAUAGCGGGACAUACACCUGCAAACUAAGCACUGCUAAAGAGGAAUUGACCUCUAGUGCCAAACUGAAGGUCAAAGCAUCCAUACAGCCGCUCUUCACCCGUCAGCUGGAUGUUCUGGAAGUGAUUGAGGGUCGUAACGCUCGCUUUGACUGUAAGGUUAGCGGGACACCACCUCCUCAGGUCACCUGGACCCAUUUUGAUCAUCCACUGGAGGAAAGCGAAGACGUACGAAUCUUAAAAGAAGGAGGGAGGCAUUCAUUAAUUAUUUCUCACGUCUGUAAUGAAGAUGAAGGUUUCUACACGGUAGUCGCACGAAACGCGUACGGACAGGCCGAGUGUUCGGCCGAAUUGUAUGUGCAGGAGCCCAGGCCGGCAAUAUCCUCUCAAAUGGCAAAGCUGGAAAAAAUGCCCUCGAUUCCUGAAGAGCCCGAGGUACCUGAGAAUGAGGUGGAGCGGUUUACAAUGCCAGACUUUGUCAAGCCGCUCUAUGAUAUGGAUGUAGUGGAGGGUAGAGAAGCAGUUCUCAGGUGCAAAGUGGCUGGCCUGCCGUACCCAACCAUCAUCUGGUUUCACAACGGCAAGAGGAUUGAGAGCACAGAAGACAGGAAAAUGACACAGUUCAGAGACAUUCACAGCCUGGUGCUUCGCUCUGUGUGCCAUGCCCACGGUGGAGUCUAUAAGUGCGUCAUAUCCAACAAAGUGGGAAAGGCCACCUGCUAUGCCCAUCUUUAUGUAAUGGACAUUCUUCCCGACCCACCAGAUGGGGCUCCAGUCAUCGAGUCCAUCACAGGCAAGACUAUCACAUUAAGCUGGAAAAAGCCUAAAAGACUGGAUCCAACCAUCGAUCCGAGUUCCUUGAUGUAUGCCAUUCAACAGCAGCCCAUUGGGUCAAUACAGUGGACUAUUAUCGCUUCAUGUCUGAAACAAACCACCUAUACCAUCACCAAUUUGUCUAAAGGUGUCCGCUACACCUUCCGGGUGCUAUCAAUCACCAGCAAGGCUUUCAGCAAACCAUCGUCUACCACCGAGCCGGUGCAGCUGCUAGAUAGGGGCCCGUACCUCCAGGAGGCUCCUGUAAUCAUUGACAAACCGGACGUCGUGUAUAUGGUGGAGAAACAGCCCAUAAGCAUCACGCUCACUCUCAAUCAUGUCAAUGCCUCGGUCACAUGGAAGAGAGGUGGGGUGACGUUGUCUAACAAACCAGGCCUGUUUGAGUUGAGCAUGCCCGACGAUGACCAACAUACACUGAAGCUGUUCAAGGUGAGCAACAAUGAUGUGGGUCAGAUCACCUGCAUCGCCAGCAACCAGUAUGGUAGUGACUCCUGCAUCCUGGUCCUGGAAAUGGCAGUGCCUCCAACUUUUGAGACCAUCAUGGAAGAUCUGGAUGUGAAUAUAGGCGAGACUCCUCGUUUUGCUGUGGUGGUUGAAGGGAAGCCCAUCCCAGACAUUUUCUGGUACAAGGAUGAUGUCCUGCUGUCAGAAAGCAGCCAUUUCACUUUUGUGUACGAUGACAAUGAGUGUUCUCUUGUGGUGCUGAACACUCAAGCAGAUGAUUCGGGAGUGUAUACCUGUACUGCUAAAAAUCUGGCUGGUUCUGUGUCCUGCAAGGCUGAGCUCACAGUCCACACCGCUAAAAAGGACAGAGAAGACUCUUUGGAGGACGAGGCAUCUAUCCUAAGAAAGAUGCGGAGGCUCACUGAUUACUAUGACGUGCACAAGGAAAUUGGGAGAGGGGCGUUCUCGUAUGUGAAGCGUGUGACACAGAAGACAGGAAAGAAGGAACUUGCGGCUAAGUUCAUCUCUGCUCGAGCUAAACGAAAGGCUUCGGCUCUGAGAGAGAUGACCAUCCUGUCUCAACUGGAUCAUGAGAGGAUCCUGUACUUUCAUGAUGCUUUCGAGAAGAAGAAUGCUGUCAUUAUUAUCACAGAGCUAUGUCAUGAGGAGCUUCUUGAAAGGCUAACAAAGAAAUCAACAUUAAUGGAGUCUGAGAUCCGAUCCAGUGUAAGACAGCUGUUGGAGGGUAUUUACUAUCUACAUCAGCAUGACGUACUUCAUCUGGACAUCAAGCCUGAUAAUAUCCUCAUGGCAGACUCCAGCAGUGAUCAGAUCCGCAUAUGUGAUUUUGGCAAUGCUGUAAAAUUCACACCUGAUGAGGCACAGUAUUGCAAAUAUGGCACUCCAGAAUUUGUCGCCCCAGAGAUUGUUAACCAGACUCCUGUCUCCAAGGCAACGGACAUCUGGCCUGUUGGAGUUCUAACAUACUUAUGUCUUACUGGAGUUUCUCCUUUCGCCGGAGAAAACGAUCGCAGUUCUGUUCUCAACAUCAGAAACUAUAAUGUGGCUUUCGAAGAAAGCAUGUUUAUGGACCUCUGCCAUGAAGCCAAGGGAUUCGUCAUCAAACUGCUGGUGGCUGAUAGAUUGAGACCUGAUGCUAAUGAGUGUCUUCGUCACCCCUGGUUCAAGACCCUGAAUAAGGGCAAGAGCAUAAGCACAGAGUCCCUCAAAAAGUUUUUGUUCAGAAGAAAAUGGCAGCGAUCUCUUAUCAACUAUAAAUCUAAAAUGGUAAUGAGGUCUAUACCUGAGCUACUGGAUGACUCCACCAGCCAUAUUUCCAUUGCUAUUCCACGACAUAAGAAACAAGGCUCACCACCCCCAUCAUCAUCUUCAGAUUCUGAUGAAGACAUUGAUGAGCUGCCUUUUAUCCCGAUGCCUCUCAACAUGGAAUUCUCUGGAUCUAGAAUGUCUUUGACUGAAAUUGGGGGAGAUGAUGAGAUGGUUGGUAAACUUAACGGAAAUGCUGAGAAGCCUACAUCAAGCCAUACAAAGCCAGAGCCCAUGGAAGUGGAGACAUCAAAAAGAGAGGAUGGAGAUGCAGCUGCCAGCGGUCGAGGCAAGAAGAGGUCUACACAAGUAGAAGAAAAAGGCUCAUCUGAUGAGGAACCAGGAGAACUGGCCAACAUGGCAGAGCAGGCAAAGAGACCAAUGCGCAGAGGCUCAAGCAUGGAGUUAGAUGAGUCGGAGGGAGCACGUCGAAGGGGCGAGCUACGAAGGGGAAGCUCAGCUGACAGUGCCCUACAGCUCCACAUCAAACAAGAAGAGGGUACAGAGGAAAGUCCUUCAGAUGGAAAAAGAAUUUUGCAAAAGUCUGUAUCUAUGGAGCUUCCAAGGAGGAGCCCAAGUCCAGGUGCUGCAAAGCUGAGCCAGGAAGACUACGCCUUGAAAUUGGAACUGAUGAGGCAGAGGCUUCUCAGGGGUGGCUCUGUAGACAACAAGAUGAGCGGAUUACGAGGUCCCUUGCUGGAGACCUUGGGUAUGGGCGACGAGAAGCGAUUUGGCCGAACAUCUCGGACAGGCAACCCUCCACUUGUUAGAGCGGCAUCCAGUGAGUCACCUAGAGAUGAUGUCCCAAAGACCAAGAUACUCCGCAAGAGUGCUUCCUUUAGCCAGGGCGAUCCAGAACCCAUGCCUUUGCACAGACGAAUUGGUGCACCUCUGGAGAUUCCACUGGCACAAAUAGAGGAGAGGCGGCUACAGGAAGCUGUAUCUAUGUCUGUUCUUACAGAGCCAGUCAAGGUGGAUUCUCGCCCUGUCACGCCCAAAGCUCCAACACCAGAGCCAGAGAAAUACGAGAAAGAUGAGGAAAAGGAGCCGACAUAUGACAAGGACAGUAAAUCAGAGGAGAUCACUGAGUUAAAGAGUGUUGCAGACGAUGAUAGUGUUGAUCAGAAAUCAAGGGAGGCUGACGCACAGGAAAAGGAACAGAUAAAGUUAGAGGAAAUCAAUAAGGAACCUGAACAAGUGGCUGAAAGUAAGCCAGAGACUGCCUUGGCCCCCAUGGCUGUUUUAGAGGAAGAUGUUGAGGAUGACCAAGAAAGAGAAGAUAUAAAGCAUAAGGAAGAUACUGAGCCUAGUGCUCCAAAGAUGGAGGUUAAAGUUAAGGAUGAGGUAAAUGCAUCAGCCAAGCCUACAGCGAUUCCGAUCUCUACAGAGAUUCCGAUUUCCGCCAGCUCAAUCACAGUAACCCCAGCAGCAGCCCCAGCUAACAUUCCUCACAGUGUCUCAUCACCCUAUGUGGCACCCUCUCUCCCUGCACGCACAGUUCUCCCAGAUGGUAGGACUUCAGCGUAUGCCAGUAUCAUGCAGACCAUCAUGGUCCCAUCAGUUCAGGCAUCGGGCCAACCUUCUGCACUGCCACCUACUAGACCAUCAUCCACCCCACCAUCAGUUCCAGUGUAUGCACCCAUUUCCAGACACACCUCUGAACCGACCCUUCUGUCAACCAAACCUGAAGUUCAUCAAAGGACUGAACAUCCCGCAGUCUUUUCUCGAGUUGCAUCAACAGAGCACCCUCCCAAAGAACCAAGUCCCCCAAAAACUCCCACUCGUGCCUCCCCUAAGCCAGACCCAUCUCUUGGAAGCAACAUCCAGGAUCUUGCAUCUGAGGAGGUCUUCGAAGCUCGGUUUAAGAAGCGUGAAUCCUCUCUAACUCGUAGUCUCAAGCGUUUCUCGUUGCAAAAGACAGAAGAAAAGCCCACCACUGUUGCACCUGAAACAACAGAGGAAAUGUAUCGCCCAGGACCUGUUGGAGCUCCAUUAGAGUUUGUGAACAGGAGGUUAGAAGAAAAGUCCAAAUCAGUUCAGGAUCUUCGUGAGGCACAAAAGGACCCUGGGUUCAUGAGGAGACUCUCCAUGCGCUUAAAAAGAUCCCCAUCCUUGGAGAGAAAGGAGGACAAGGUCAAAGAGGAGGAGGCUGCAACACCCAGGCGACGUCUAUCCUGGGCACUGGGACGGAGAGGAUCCCAAGACAAGAAGGAGAUAGAGAUGAUGAGGAUGGAUGGAGGCCCUGAGAGUCCCCCAGAGCCAGAGUCCAAAGUGCCAUCUGAGUCACCUGUUCUCGCCAUGCGCAAGAAAAUUGGCAGUACCAUAGCAAGCAUAUCCACAAGGAUUAGGAGUCAGUCUGAGGAGAGAAUAGACGACAAUGAAGGCAAGACGGAGGUCAAAAGGACACCUAUAUUCUCUAUACUGAGGCGUACCUCCUCAGAGGGAGGAAGUCUGAAGAAGAUGGGUGUCCCACAGCACCAGCUGACCACCCAGUCAGGAAAAGGGGCUUCAUCCGAAUCUCUAGAUUCCAUGUCAAGCAUCCAGUCAGAAUCAGCUGUUAAGAGUGCAGAAACGGAACGGAGAUCACGGUGGGACCGUUGGGGGUUGACAAGAGGAAAACGAGACAAGACCGUUUCCCAACCAGACAUCCCAGCUUCCAUCGCCAGGGAAAACGGCUCUCUCCGCUCUCGCAAAUACACUCAGCUAGCAUCUGACUUCCCACCUGUGUUCCAUAUUAAACUGAGGGACCACGUUCUCUUGGAGGGAGAUCCCGUCACUCUCAGCUGCCUCCCUGCUGGCAGUCCUCACCCACAGAUCUCAUGGAUGAAAGAUAAGAAACCUCUUGAGAUUGACCCGAGGAUGAACAUGAUAUCCUGCCCUGAUGGGAGACAGCUGCUGAUGAUUAUGAAGACUACUAAAAAGGAUGCAGGCGUAUAUGAAUGUGUGGCUACAAACCCACUGGCCUCUAUCAGCAGCACGAGUGUUGUGUCCCUCGCACGUCUGCCUAAUAGUCCUGGGACACCCGAAGUUCCCCAGAAGUAUAGGAACACUGCCUUGGUGGUGUGGAGACCCUCCGACACCACAGCACCAUGCACAUAUUCCCUGGAGAGAAGAACAGAGGGUGAGAGUAACUGGCUAAUAGUGGCCACUGGUGUGGCUGACUGUUACUACAAUGUCAUGGACCUUCCAAUGGGUGCCACAUACAGGUUCAGAGUAGCCUGUGUGAACAAGGCCGGCCAAGGACCUUACAGCAAUUUAUCUGAUAAAGUUGUCCUGGACUCGACAGCACCCCAAAAGUCAAGUGGGACAGUUGUAGUCAAAACCCUUCCACCAGCUCCUGUACCUGCAGUGGUAACAUCUACCAUGACCAUACCUGCAAUAAAGCCUGCUGGCAUUAAAACAUCUCCACCAGUGACUUCUGUCCCUUCUACAACCCAGCCCGUAAAACCCAUCUCUGCUCCACCUGCCUCUACUGCUACACCUUCCCCUGCUCCCCCUGUUCCCACCCACCAUACUGCACCUGAUACCCAACCUCCAGCUCCUGGCACCACUACCCCGGCCAAAGCCAAGACCACUCUCAACAUCACCAUGGCCAAACCCUCCCCAGCAUCUCCUGUAGCUCCGCCUCCUCCCACAAAACCUUCACCUCCCGCUGUACUGCCCAAACCUCUGAGCCCUGUCACUGUGAUCACAACCUCAGCCAGAACUCCUCCCGUGUCUCCGCCCCCUCUCGUGUCUCCUCCGCCCACCAUCGGCAAGCCCAUCUCAUCAGUGCCAAUGUAUGUGCCGGCCACCACUGCUGCAGAUGUGACCCCAGCCGCCCCCAAAACCUCGGCUCCUACGCUGUCGCCACCGGUGGUGUUAGUUACAAGUUUAAGUCCUUUAGGUGAAGGUACCACAACACCCGGUCGUAUGACCCCAAGCGGAAGAGCCACUCCAUCUGGACGCAUGACUCCUACAGGACGCAGGACUCCUUUGGGAAAACCCGGAGAGUCCACACUACGGCAGGGAGUGCCCCAGAAACCGUACACAUUCAUGGAUGAGAAAGCGAGAGGUCGUUUCGGUGUUAUCAGAGAGUGUCGAGAAAACGCCACCGGCAACCUAUACAUGGCCAAGAUUGUGCCGUACGAACCUGAAAACAAGCAGGUCGUGUUACAGGAGUAUGACAUCCUGAAAUCCCUCCACCAUGAGAAGAUUAUGGCCCUUCACGAGGCCUACGUCACCCCGCGCUACCUGGUGCUCAUUUCAGAGUGCUGCUCGGGAAAAGAGCUCCUCUAUAGUUUGAUUGACAGAUUCAGAUACUCUGAAGAUGAUGUGGUGGUGUACGUUGUACAGAUUCUUCAGGGUCUGGACUAUCUGCACAGUCGGAGAAUUCUGCAUCUGGAUAUCAAACCAGAAAACAUCAUCGUCACCUACAUGAACGUGGUUAAGAUCAUUGAUUUUGGUAGCGCGCAGAACUUCAAUCCACUCUUUCUCAAGCAUUAUAGCCCGCGCAUUGGAACACUUGACUACAUGUCCCCUGAGAUGUUGAAAGGUGAUGUGGUGGGUCCACCAGCAGACAUCUGGAGCAUUGGCAUUGUAACAUACAUCAUGCUCAGUGGAAGACUGCCGUUUACAGAGAACAACCCUGCUGAGACAGAGGCCAGAAUCCAGGCGGCAAAGUUUGACAUGAGUAAGCUGUACCAAAAUGUGUCCCAAAGUGCCUCUCUGUUCCUCAAAAAGAUCCUGUGCAGUUACCCUUGGGCCCGUCCUACUAUUAAAGACUGCUUUAACAACUCCUGGCUUCAGGACGCUUACCUGAUGAGAUUGCGCAGACAGACUCUCACCUUCACCACCACACUCCUCAAACAGUUUCUGGAGCAACAGAAGCAGGUCAGGGCCGAGGUGGCAACAAAGCACAAAGUCCUUCUUCGUUCCUACCAGAGCAGCCCACAGACCCCAUCCACACCCGGCACCCCCGCCACACCCAUCUUUCAGUGAUCUCCACAACUGGAUAUUCUCCAGAGAUGAGAAGAAAGCUCCAGGGUUCUCCAGAGUCAAGAGAGAGACACACAGCCUCAGGGGAUCUCAGCCCUUCUAAACUACCCACCUGAUGGGGAUUUUAUGGGACUGGAUGUGCAGUAAGCAGAACAAGCACAGGAUCCUCUGGCCUUGGAAACCUUGCUGACAAAAGUAUCAUGGAUGGUGGAGCAUUUACCUCUUCUAGCUGUUGCCAGCAUGCACAGUGAAAUUGUGUUUAUUGUCCAGAAUCUCCACUGUCUGACACACUUUUAUAGCAGGUUAGCAUUGCAUCUCUUGCAAGGGGUCAGGACCUUUAAACCCAUUUUGGUUGAAAAGAGACUCAUUCAAGAUGUAGUCCAUCACUUGACGCAAAAAAAAUGUCAUGUUAAUGUGUAUUUUUGUGGUGUCUUCCACUUGUAAACCAGGGCCUUGAGACUUGUGGAAAAUAGUGUAUAUGUUUUUUGAACUAGUUUUUAUGGCACAAGUAAUACUUUUAUUACUGGUACUUGUUAUACCUUAGUGAUGAUCAGUAUACUGUAUAUGAAAAUCAUUGAUAUGAUGCCAUCAACCAAUAUCAUUUUUUUGUCUUUUACUAAAGUGUAUUAGUCUAAACAUGUGUGGAUUGAAUUCAUUGUAAUAUUAAAAAGCCUUUUUUGGCGUCAGCGUUGUUUCUUAAGACAACUAAAGUUUUAUGGAGUGACAGUUUUUUCAGUAUUCAAAACCGUGUUUGACUCUCUCGGCCUCUUAGAUUCAACUUUUUAUAUGUUGAAGUCUGCUUUAACAUCAGGAAUGUAUUGUAUUAUGUAUUGCAGAUUUUAGUGCAUCGGAAUAGCAUACAGCAUGAAUCAAUACAAAAUUCCUCUCCAUAGUGUAACUUGAGCACCACUGGUUGAAAAUCUCAAUCCCUGUCAACGCAAGAGGAUGAUACAGUUUGUUGGCCAAAGUUAUCUGUAUGUAGAAAUCAACUUCAGAGAUGCUGGUUUAUGUGCCUGGAAACUGGUGAUAUGUAAGGAGUUUGGAUGGAUUGAAGAUGUCUGACUUAUUUUUAUUUUCUGUCCUUUUAAAAUAAACUAGAAUAUGUUUUUAAAAAUAUACAUCGGCUGCUGCAGUGAAUGGUGAUGAGAAUCUUAUUUUUUAAGUAAUUUUAAUACACAGUAUAUGAAUUAAGGGAGAUUUGGGGUUGAUAGAUUGUCAGGUAUUAUCUUUGAUCAAUUACAUUUCCCUUACUUUUAUCAAGAUAAUACACAAUUAAUAAUAAAGUAUAUGAAGUUAUAUAUCAGUACAAAAACAUAAAAUGUACUAAGAUUUAAAGAUUUAAAGGUGCACUGUGUAGAUUUUAGCGACAUCUAGUGGUGAGGUUGCACCUCUGUCCACCACUCACCCCUCCCUUUCAAAACGCAUAGGGGCUGUUUACACUUGGUAUUAAGAUGUGUUUUCAUCGAUCGGAUCACAAGUGGACGAGAGACACACAUUACGUUUACACCUGGUAUUUAAAUCCGUCUCUUUUGUCCACUUUCGACCGCUUCUGUGCUGAAUACUAUGAGGGGGUGGACUGUGAGACGGUGGGCGAGUCUCUCAGCUGUCAUUCAAACCCGAGCGGGAGUAAUGAUGAGUUUAUAUGGACGCAAACUAAUAUUAUGUCGGAGUGCACUGCUUGUUUAGCAAGUAAACAUGCUGCACAGUGUUUUGUACAUGAGUAUGUAAGAGCUUUCUUUGAAUUUUCAGCGCAAUUGAUGAAAUAGGAUCGCGCAACUUUCACACGCUUUCAAAACGAAACUACGGAGAUCAGCCGCUUAGUUUUAUCAAUGAAAGGCUAAAAAUAGCGCUGUUCACCGAAUGUUCACGCCAGAAGUCAAAAAAGACGUAAAACUUGUGUUUAAUACCUCAGAUUAGAUAAAUGGGCGGAGAGAAGGCGGUCGCGUGUGGCUGUUUGAACGCAUUCAACCACAUGUGCGUUCCGCAACUCCAAAGCAAUCCGAUCGAAAGUGGUUUCGACCACCUCUGGAUGUGGUUGAAAGUGGUCGAAAGUGGACGAGCUCAAAACGUUUUGAACACCGUUUACACCUGGCAUUAACGUCGUCCACUUGUGAUCCGAUCGACAAAAACACAUGUUAAUGCCAAGUGUAAACAGCCUCAUAGAGAAGCUACGGAAGCUGCUACAGUACAAACAUGCUGUCAUCUGAGACAACAUGGUAACGAAAUGCGCUUUGUAGAGCAGUUGGUCCGUUUCGGGCUACCUUAAAAACAUGGUGGUGCAAAAUGGGGACUUCCACAUAAGGGGGCCUGCAGUAUGCAGUAUGAUGAUUGGCUUAAUUUAAUCGUUAGCCAACCAGAGGCAGAGUUCACAAACAAGCACAUGCACAGUCAGUCCGAGCAGUGUUGCCAACUUUGUGACUUUGUCGCUUGAUUUAGCAACUUUCUAGACCCCUUUAGUGACUUUCUUUCAAAAAAGCGACUAGGCCAAAUCUAGCGAUCUUUUCUGGCGUGGUUGGAGACUGAUGUGAGAGCACGUAUCGUUCUCAAUGAGCAGCGGGCGUCACGGCUGCACCCCAUCCCUGUUUUAAGGCACUCAAAGGGAGCCCGGUCCUGGCUCAGCAAUCCCUCCGAGUCGCACACACCCUUAACGACAGAGCGAUGGCAAGUACAACGAACUCAAAGGUAGAGGUCACAAACACAAAGUAUAAUAAGCACUAUCUUUACAUCGUUGAGGUGCAUGCAACUUAUGCCCAUGAAAAAGGAGUCUCUCCACGUCUGUGGCAAGAAAUUUUAAUCUAAAGAAGCACCUUACAUCAUCACAUGCUGCCACAAAAUUAGUGGUUUCUCUUUAGUGUCAAUUUCAUUCAUUUAACAGAUUUAAUAUUGGGGGCAUCCAAGUUAUUUGAAAUAUUUGAACUUUUUUUUAAGAAACUCAAUAGUUACUUUUCCUGGUAAUUAGUUACUUUUAUAAUGAUGUAACGCAGUUACUAAUUGUAACUAAUUACUUUUUUAAAGUAACGUUCCGAACACUGAUAUUUAUAUUGCAUUUUUGUCAGGAGAUCCUCCUAAAAUGUACACAUUGCACCUUUAAUACUUAGUAAAAUGAAUUCAAAACAUCCCUCUUUUAAAUGAUCUCUACAUGAAGAGAUAUUUGUCUAAACCGUGUACACCAGUUAUUAUUUAUUAAUCUAUAAACAAGAUUUUACUUUAGAGUAUGAAUGGCUGUUGGUCUUGAUUUUAUUGUAUUUGAGUCAGUGUAUUUUAAUGCAUACAGUUUGUAUUAUUUGAAUUUAUUUUUGAACAGUUUGCUUGUUUGGUGAAUGCAGAAACACGGUUUGUGCUUAUUAUUUGUUUGUUUGUCAUUGUUUAGUUGUUAAUUUAUCUAAUGUGAAAGUUCACAAAUUUUCUAACACAAAAAUAUGAUAAUAAAUAUUACUAAAUUUCAGUACAAACAAAAGGGGAAAAAUGGCUGAUUUCACACAAGGCAACAGUUUGGUUGCUUGCUAUGAUUUUUCAAUGCAAUCUAUUUGGUCUCCUUGCAUAACUGCUAGCAUAAGUUAUGUUCUUCUAGCAAGUUUGUUUAUUAUUUCCUUUAUCUUCAGUUUAUUUAAAUAAGAGUGAUGUUCUUGUUGAAAUUUUAGAUAUGAUAACAUUUUUAGUGCAAAAAUUAUAACUGAAAUAAAGUAAAAAUGAUGUGUUGGAUUUACUUAAAAUAUAUAUGCACCAUUUUUGCAUCACCCUUUUUAAGUAAUUCCAACUUGGAUCAUUUUACUUAAAAUGAACAAGAAAACCUGUGUUUUAUGUACUUAAAUUUUUAAGUAAAGAAUGUUGGUGAACUCAAAUAUUUAAGUUCAUAUAACACAUAUUUUCUUGUUAAUUUUAAGUAAAAUGAUUCCAAGUUGGGAUUACUUAAAAAGUGUGAUGCAAAAAUGGUGCAUAUAUAUUUAAGUAAAUCCAACACAUGAUUUUUAGAGUGAAGUUUGAGCUGUUGGCUUUGCCAAGCCAACAUCAUAACAUGGGAAAAGAUUGAAGUAAGAUUCAGAAUCUUCUCAGUUGUUAGGAAUAAGGUUUUAUAUUUCAUUUUUGUGUGAUCAAACGAUCAACCCUUUAAUGUGAAACUAAAUCAAGCUUUUUUGGAAUGAAAAACAGUGGCAAAAUGUGGAGAUAACAUGAAUGUUUUACAGUAGAAUGAAGUGUGUAUAUGUGGAAAACCUGACCUUUCAUGAAUAAAAUCAGCUGUCAGCAAUAC